CCAUCGGACUGAAGCAAUUGUACAGCCAUGGUUGAACACAGCCAGAGCCUGAAGGAACUGAGAAAUGCUUAUGAUCAAAAUAGAUGAACUGACUAAACUGAAUAUGGCCUUAAUCCUCCAAUUAUCAUCUUCCUCUCUUAUCACGAGGACCAGGAAUCACAGAGCUAAAUGCUUGAAUCUCUUCGCCAAAUCGCAAGACCCAUCUUCAGCUCAGUCUACCGAAGACGCUGCAUCAUCCACGGAGGUCUCGCCGCAGAAGAAGCUCGGCGGAGCCGGCCUAGGUUUCGGCCCCUCAAUUUCCAAGAGAAAGCAGAAGGGAAAGAGAGAGACGACCCCCGUAAUUCGCCGAACCCCCAUUGAAAAGCCCAAAUUCGAUUCGCAGCCGGCCAGAGCCCAGCCCCAGGAACCCAAAGGAAAUGAGAGCGCUUUCAUUCUCGCUUGGUUAGGGCUUGGCGCAAUCAUUAUUGUUGAGGGUGUUGUUCUUUCUGCUUCAGGGUUUCUACCAGAGCAGUGGGAUAAUUUCUUUGUGAAGUAUC